AUGACAAAACAGCAAGAAAAUACCAAGACCUGCAUCCAUUCGGCUAAUGAAACAUUUGAAACUAAGCAGCAGCCCUUCUCUUUCAGUUCCCUCUUUCAGAAUUUACUGCUUUUAAUACUAUUUGCUCAACUUUCUAGCUUUAUAAUUCCCUGCCAAGCCACAUGCAGAAAAGUUGAACGUGACUCCCUUUUAGCCUUCUCCUCUGGUGUCUCCAGUUCAUAUCCUUUGAAUUGGUCUUCCUCCAUUGAUUGUUGCAUGUGGGAAGGUGUCAGUUGUGAUAAUAAUGAUCGGGUUAUCCAUUUGCUACUGCCAUCAAGAGGACUUGUUGGAAGCAUAUCUCCUUCUAUUGCAAACCUCAGCCAUCUCUCUCAACUCAAUCUCUCGCAAAAUUCGUUAUCAGGACCUAUUCCGGAUGGAUUUUUUAUGGCCUUGAACCGCCUGGUAAUCAUUGAUAUAAGCCAUAAUCGUCUCACCGGACAGUUAUCAGAUUCUGAUAAGUUGAUGAGUACUGUCGCAAUAGUGGAUUUCUCUGGCAACCACUUCUAUGGGAGAAUCCAAUCUUCAUUUCUCCAGCGAGCAUUGAAUUUGCAAAGAUUUGAUGUCAGGAAUAACAGCUUCUCCGGUUCGAUCCCUUCAUCUGUCUGCAGAUUUUCGCCCUCAAUUGUGCAUCUCGAUUUCUCCAAUAAUGACUUUCUAGGCCCGAUUUCGCAAGGUUUUGGCCAGUGUCCCAAUCUAUUGAGACUAAAAGCAGGUUUCAAUAACCUUUCGGGUGCCAUUCCCAGUGAUAUUUACACAAUUUCGGCACUGCAAGAACUAUACUUGCCUGCCAAUAAGCUCUCUGGAGUGAUAGAUGGAAGCAUUGUUAACCUCAUUAACCUUAGAAUCCUCUCUCUCUAUGGUAAUGAAUUGACAGGAAUGAUUCCUCAAGAUAUUGGGAGGCUCUCCAACUUGGUACAAUUGUGGCUUCACAUAAAUAAACUAAAUGGAACUCUGCCCCAAUCUCUUACGAAUUGUACGAGACUUACAACGCUGAAUUUAAGGGUCAACCUCCUUGAAGGUGAGCUUUCUGCUUUUGAUUUCUCCAAAUUCAUUCAGCUUAGAUCAAUUGACCUUGGGAAUAAUUUCUUCAGAGGUAGAUUGCCAUCGAGCCUUUUUUUGUGCAAGAAUUUGACUGCAAUUCGCUUGGCUACUAAUAGUUUAAAUGGAGAGGUUUUGCCUGAUAUAAUGGCAUUACAAUCUCUAUCCUUCUUAUCCCUUUCUAAUAAUAGCCUAAACAAUAUCACCAGUGCUAUGCGCAUCCUAACAGGGUGCAAGAACCUCAGCACUUUGAUCCUCUCAAAAAAUUUUUACAAUGAACCACUGCCUGGAGAUGAAAACUUGAUAAGAGCUGGCGAGUUCCAAAAUCUUCAAGUCCUGGGUUUAGGUGGCUGUGGAUUCACUGGUCUAAUUCCAAUUUGGCUGUCCAGACUAGAUAAGCUGGAGGUUCUAGACUUAUCGCUUAACAACAUCACAGGCUCCGUCCCAGGAUGGUUUGGGGAUCUUCCAAACCUUUUCUACUUGGAUUUGUCCCAAAACCUUCUAUCAGGAAAAUUCACCAUGGAACUUAUAAAACUGAGAAGACUAGCAACACAACGGACUUCAGAUCAAGUAGACCAAAGUUAUUUAGAAUUGCCUGUCUUUGUUCAGCCCAAUAAUGCCUCCAAUCUGCAAUACAACCAGCUCUCCAACCUGCCACCAGCAAUAUACCUCAGGAGUAACAGUAUCAGUGGUACCAUCCCAAUUGAGAUUGGCCAAUUGAAGUUUAUCGUUGCCCUGGAUCUCAGCGAUAACAAUUUCUCUGGCAGCAUUCCGGACACAAUAUCUAAUCUCACUAACUUGGAAAAACUGGACCUCUCUAUCAACUAUCUUUCUGGUCGAAUUCCUGCAUCGCUCACAAAACUUCACUUUCUGUCUUUCUUCAAUGUUGCAUACAACAAUCUUGAUGGUCCAAUACCUGUAGGAGGUCAGUUUGACACAUUUCCUAAUUCAAGCUUUGAAGGAAAUCCACGUUUGUGUGGUAAAAUUUUGCAGCGCUCGUGUAGUAGUCAAUCAGAAACUACCCAUCAGUUAGCACGAAGGAAAGGAACAAAGAGAGAAAUCAUUAAUUGGCACAUCUUUGGGAUAAGUUUUGGAAUUAGCUUCAUCCUGGCAGUGCUAGCAGACUUUAAAUUCUUGAGUUGGAAACGAUGGAUGGUUUGGUGGUAUAGGAACAAGGUGGUGCAUAGUGGGCUUCCUCAGUCAGCAGAAAUAGUUGGAGAGGUUUCCGUUAUAACAGCCAGGCACAGGUUUUACUUUGAAGCACCAACGCCAUCGUCAAUAUCUCCAGAGUGGCGCGUGCCUAAUAUUGGGGAAUUGAAAAUAAAUACUGGUGCCGCUGCACAGCUCGGGGAGCAUUACAUUGGCAUCGGUGCAGUCAUUAGGGACCACGAGGGUGUUGUAGUCUCUGCUUGUUCACAGCGAAUGGUCGGUGGAUUCCAACCUGAAGUGGCUGAGGCAAUCGCUCUUCGGGAAGGCUUACUUUUUGCAAAAAAUAAUAGGUUCAAACUUGCUGUGGCAGAGUGUGAUGCCUUGAGAAUAAUUCAGUGUCUGCAUUCAGAGUUUUGUAUGACUUCAUAUGCUGCCAUUCUUUAUGAUAUUGUAGCACUUUUAGAAGAAGUCAAUUGUGAACCAGUUGUUUCCAACUGGUUGGAUUGCAUUCCAAUUUUCCUCUCGCACUCAGUGCUUGUUGAUAUGAAUUAA